CUUUAAGGGAAGGGGCUGGGCUUCCAGUGACCUUCCAGUCGCCCGCCCCUUCCUGGUUGCCACAGCGACUGGGAGUUGGCGUCCUAAAAUGGCGUCUCUCCUGGCUGAUACUUUGUUCGAGGUGCGCGGACAAGCCCCGGCGCCUAGCAAAGACUUCUACCAAAUCAUCGUUACUAGGAAGGAUGUAAUUUUCAGGUGGUGGAAAAUUUCUCUUCGGAGUGAAUUCCGUGAAGCAAAACCUGGAGAACUCAAAGAAUCUCAUGAAGAUUUCUUGGAUGACCCCUCCCUCCAAAUUCAGAUAGCCAUUGUGUUUGGAGGAAGUACUCUGGAGCAUAUCUUCAAUUUGUGCCGAGGUAAUUUUGACUUCCUGGUGCGACUGCCUGAUACAUUGCUUCUGUACAUCAUGUCUUAUUUGGAUCUUGAAGACAUUGCAAGGCUUUCUCAAGUAUCACACAGAUUUGAAACGUUGUGCAACUCUGACAAACUAUGGGAAAUGAUCGUGCAAGAUUUAUUGGGCAUAGUUACUCCAGAAAUGAAGUCACUGGCACAAGAAAUUGGGUGGAAGCAGUUCUUCUUCACUAACAAGCUUCAACUGCAAUUACAACUCCGAAGAAGGAGAAAUAAAUCAGCGGGUUCAUCAGGAAGUCUGUCUGAUUAGAUGAGUGUUUUUCCAAACUGAUAGAACAUUUUGAAAAAUAUAGGGUUUUUUGUAAGCUGAAUGUCUUGUUUAGUUUUUUAGGGAAAAAAAUCUGUUUGCAAGAUUUGAAUAAAUAUAGAGGUCACCUUAAAAUAAGCUAUUAGAGAUGUCUGAGAAAAUCUUUG